AUGAACAUACUGAAGUGGUUCACCAUCAGGGAGCAGGAUGGCUACCAGAAGAUCAUCAAGAGUUGCAAAUGGGCCAAGGCAGAUGGUUACAAGUGGUUGUGGAUUGAUACAUGUUGUAUUGACAAGCGAAGCAGUGUGGAACUCUCAGAGAAGUGCUACAUGUACCUCAACAAUAUCAAUGAACCUGCCUUUCCUACUAAGCAAGACAGCAAGAGGUUUGGCAGUUCUAAUGGUUGGCCCGAGUGGUUUUCUCGUGGCUGGACACUUCAGGAGCUCAUUGCUCCAAGGAAAGUCAAAUUCUUCAACAACAAAUGGGUGUCCAUUGGCACAAAAGAGAACUGGGCAUCCCUAUUAGAGGCCAUUACAUGA